CGAGGGAGCUGCAUCUUGGUGCUCAAGCAUGGCCGAUUACCUUGGAGUAAGGACGCAGAUGGCUACAGGCGAUUGUGCGGAAUUUGUCUUCGCGAUUGGGCAUGGAGCCCCUGGUCGAAGGGGGCGGAGGGGGAGCGCUUACUUUGGCCGGAUGGAUGAAAGACACCAGUGAAGACAUGUUGGCAAUCAUCUGGGAGCUCGAGGAGGGGCCGGAUCCUCGGCUAGACGUCUGCAUCGACCGGCGGAAGGCAGAUGGCGUUUUGUCCGAUUGUUAUACCCUUUUUCAGGAAGGUCGUGAUCUGUCUGAUCGUCUGACUGCUCGGUUGGUGGACAUCCUUGAUCGUGAGGAUGCGUGCGUGGUGUCGGAGGUCAUCGCGGUGCUCUCACCAUUGAAUACUAUACUAAUUACGGACGGGGGUGCUACCUUUUUCUGUAAUAUUGAUACUUCUUUAGCUGACGUUGACGGCAACUUUGGCGAUGAGGCUACCGACGGCGUCUUUGGUCACGGGAGCAAUGGAGUACUCCUCGCUACUGCUGCUGCUGCUGCUGUGGAUGACGAAGAUAUUGGCGGCCUUAUUGCUGACGUGGCUGGUGCCGAUGAUGAUGAUCUUCAUGCUGCUGCUGAUGCUCCUGGUGAUGCUGCUGUUGAUAACGAUGACGCUGAUGAUGAUGAUACUCAUGCUACUGAUGAUGAUGAUGAUGAUGAUGCUGUGGCUGAUGCUGCUGGUGAUGAUGAAGCUGAAAUUGAUGAUGUUCAUGACGACGCUGCUAUUGCCGAUGACGAUGACAAUGGUGGCCUUAUCGAUGAUGUGGCUGGGCCUGACGACAGCGCGCUUGAUGAUGCCGGUGAGGCCGAUGCUGCUGCUGUAGAUGAUGCUUAUGAUGAUGACGAUGAUACUAAUGCUACUCAUGAUGAUGACGAUGCUGCGGAUGAUGAUAAUGAAGAUGCUCUUGAUGAUGAUGCGUCUCCCGGGAGGAGCAGGUUGGGCAUUUGCAGCAGGGUGGCUGCGUUUCUUUCGGUUAUCUGGGAUGGGGUUUUCUUCUUCCCCACUCUUCCUGCGGGGUUCGUCUGUGGGCUAUGGUGGCGGCUAGGGGUUGGCUUGUUGGGGAUGUUUGCUAUUGCCCGGCCAGCAAUAUCAUUCAUCGGGCUAGGGUUUCGCUUCCUUGGCUUGCUCUUCAUUUUCAUUUGACUCAGGAAUGCUGCUUGAUUACCUUACCUCUGUGCUGCCUGCCUUUCCCCCCCCUCUUUUGCUGCUGCCUCAUUUAGGUUUCGGUUAACGAGUGGCGACGGGUAGGAUUUUGAAAGAACGUUUUGCAUCAGGUACUGUUAGCUAUGGCAUGCAUUCCUAUCGCUUGUAUUAGUUGCCCAUCGAUUGCCACAUGGCGUGGCUUUUUGAAGUGUGCUUCGAAACCCUACGGUUUUUCGUGCAGUAGGUCAAUCCUCCUCCGGUAUGGGGGAGUAAUCAAUGCCUCUGCCUGUC